AUGCUGAAAAUUGAAACAGAAAGUGACAAUAAGAAGAGUACACUACUAAACGAGCAUAGGGUUUACGAAGUUAUACAGAAAAAACAACCUGAAGAAUAUAGAAAGAGAUUUUUAAUCGAAUAUGCAUAUGAUAAAAGAAGUAAUGUUCAUAUAUCCGCAUUAGAGUUAUUAGGAGCUAAUUUAGAUGAUCUUAAGCGUGUAACUAAUGGAUAUUUAGUUGAUAUUAACAAUACAUUACGAAUUGCAGUUGAAACACUAAGAUGUAUAAAAGAUUUACAUGCUAUGGGAAUUGUUCAUGGAGAUAUUAAACCUGGAAAUUUCCUAGUUAGACCAAACAGAAGAUUCCCUAUUGCAUUAAUUGAUUUUGGUUUAUCAGAAAUAGAAGAUGAGGAUAAUGGAAGUUCAAAAUACAAAGGAACUCCAAAAUAUUCUUCAUUACCAGUGCUUUCAGGAACAAGACCUAAGAAAUGUGAUGACAUUUACUCUUGGAUAAUAUCUAUGGUUUAUCUUCUCUGCGGUUCUCUUCCAUGGUCUCAUAUCAACAAUAAGGAUAAGAUUAAAGAAAUGAUGGAGGAUGAAGAUGGUGAGAAAUUUAAAAAGUUUGUUCCUCAAGAGCUGAUGGAAAUAUAUCAAUAUGCUUCAUCUCUUGCUAAUGAUGAUAGAAAUGCUGAAAUUGAUUAUGAAAAAAUUGAAGAUCUCCUUGCAAGAAGUAUUGUGCGUCAUUAUGUUCAAUGGAAGGAUCCAUAUUUCUGGGAAGAUAUCAAAGAAGAAGUAAUGCUUCGUGUUUCUCCCAUACUCUUGACAAUUAAUAGUGGAGAUAAACCAAUACCGCACCCAGAUCCGGAUUCAGAUUUAUAUGAUAAUGAAGUGUCUAUAGAGUUAGUAUUCGAUGAUUCAAAGAAACGUGGCUGUUGCUAUUUAAUAUAA